AUGCUUAGCCAUCUUCGCCGAGGACAUCAUCAUGAAUUCGAUGAAACUUCAAAGCCUAUGCAUUCAAUGAAUAGUAAUGGAGAACGUUGGAAAUCAUCAGAUCGAGCUAAUGCAUCUUUCGGAUCGAAUAAUCUAAUGCACGAUGCUUAUUCACCACGUUCAAAUGCAACUGCGCUCAAUCCUGAUUUGUCACGAGCACAUCGUUUCGAUACUUAUUUAUUAGCUAUUAUACGCAUUGAAGAUAAAAGGAAUGCUUUUUAUUCAGCUGAAGUUGUGAGUAAAUUACGUCAAAAGGAACAAACGCGUAGUUUUAUUAAUAAAUCAUGUUCUUUAUUUGUUACCGAUCGUUCUCUUGUUAUAUUCGACCGAGUAUCACAAGUUGUUGCUGAAACAAUUCCACUUGAAAAUGUUGAUCCGACAUGUGUACAUGCUGAUGUACCCGAUACACUUAAUGAUAUAUUCAUGUAUCGUUUACUCGAUCGACAAUUAGCAACAACAACAAGCCAUGCUAGUAGUACGAAUAGCAGUGAUUCGUCAUCUGUUAUUGUAUUUAAAUGUUCGAAUAAUGAGGCAAAAAUGCUUGUGGAUAGUAUUCGAACUGCUACUGGUAAACCGUUAAAAAAUCUAAAAAGUGCUCCCACGAAUAAUCGUAACGAGCUUGAACGUCGUACAACUGAUCUUAUCUUUGGUGCAGCACCUCCUGUAAUGCAGCACACGAAAACAGAACCACCACAAAUAAAUAGUUCAUCAUACAUAGUCAAUAAUCAACAAACACAGACCAUGACUCAACAAUCAACAGUAGCUGCAACUGAUUAUUAUAAACGUUUAACAGAAGAAUUAAACAAGUGUUUUGAUGAUAUUGAAUUAUUUGUGCGGUGUCUUGAAGCAUUAAUGGAAUAUACCAAAGAGUUAGAACGCGAUCAUCGACGAAAAGAUAGAAAAUCAGCUACUGGUUUAAAACAAAUGGUUGAAAAACUUCCAGAUGAUCGUUUUUUUGUUGAUAUAUUACAAAAGUUUAAACAUUCAUUUAAUUUAUUAGGAGAACUUAAACAUAUAAUACAUAAUCCAAAUGCACCUGAAUUAGUACAUUACAUAUUAUCUCCAUUACAAUUUAUUUUAUAUACCUUGCGUACGAAACAUAUUAAUCAAUUAAAACUUGCACAAGACAUAGGGGUACCAGUAAUAACUAAAGAAGCAAAAGAAUUAUUAUUAAAUUGUUUAACAUCCAAAGAACAUGAAAUUCUACGUAAUCUUGGCCCAGCAUGGAUUCGAACAGCUGAUGAAUCAACACCGAAAUUUUCCGAUUAUCGACCAGUGUUUUUUGAGGGUCGUGCUGUAUGGGUUCAAAAUACACCAAGCGAACUUCCUCAACCAUCACCAUUACAAUCAACACAUAAUAAUGAUCAUGCAAGAAUUACUCAUCCUUUCACCAAAUUUGAUGAACGACAACAAUUAGUUACGACUACUGUCCGUUCAACAAAUCAAAAUAAUAAUAAUAAUGGUUUAACAACAAAUUAUGGUGCAACAAUCGGUCGACAACCGUCACCCAUAGCUGGACAUUUUGAUACGUCUACUGUUGAUCGUUCAGGCAAAAAUGGUACGUUAGAGAAUUAUAAUUCUCAAAUGCAAAAUGAACAUGCUUGGGCUAUUGAUCGAAAACGAGCUGGAGCACAAAUUUGUGCUGUGAAAAUUGAUCGUAAAGGACAAAAUCAGAAAGAAUUAACUGUACGUCGUGGUGAAUUAAUUGAAAUCGAAGAUGAUUCAAAGAAAUGGUGGCGUGCAAGAAAUUUUCAUGGUGAAGUUGGUCAUGUACCAAAUAAUAUUGUCGAAGAAAUUGAAAUAGAACAUCGGCCACUUGUACCCAGUCAACCAAACAAUAAAAAAUAA